GACUGCCCCAGUCAACACGAGUCGCUCGUUCUUCGCCGCCGGUCGUCGAGAUGUACCAGCAACCCCCGCAGUACCCAGGGCAACAGUACCCGCCGCAGCCUGGGCAAUACCCUCCAGGCCAAUACCCUCCAGGCCAAUACCCUCCAGGCCAGUAUCCACCAGCGCAGUACCCGCCCCAGCCAACGCAAUAUCCUCCACAGCAAUACCCACCUCAACAAUACCCGCCACAGGCAUACGCUCCGCAGCAGCCGCAGUACGCACAACAGCAAUACUACGCACAACAAGGGCGAGCGCUGUUCCAGUCCGCGACAGCCCCUGCCCCAGUGCAGUACGUGCAAGCACCCCAGCCUGCCUACGUCCAACCCGGCUACAUCCAACCGGGCUACGCGCCUCAGCCAGUGUAUGUUCAACAGCCGGGGGUAUAUUACGGAGCGCCACAAGGCCAUAUGAAAGUCGGCAAGCAUGGUAAGAUCAAGUACAAGCACAAGCACAAGGGGUUCAAGCUCAAGGGUUUCAAGCGCAAGGGAUUCAAGUGGUUCAAGUAGUGUCUGCUCACGAAGUCUUCGCCUCUCUUUGAACACGCUCUCGAUCUUAACACACCCCUUCCUUAUAUGUAGCAUGUCGAGAUCGUUUUCCUUUCGAUUUCGCAGUGCUCUGCAGCGACCAGACCCGUCCGACUCGACCUGCCUUCACUUA